UAAAUAUUUUAUGGAUAAACUAUUUUAAAAGAAGUUUUAAUCAGUCCAAGUUUUAAAGAAAAAACCGAGAGACUUUUUAUCAUUCAUGCAAAUGCACAAAAUCGACGAUAAAGUACUUUUUUCAAAGAUUUUCUGAUACGAUCAGGGUAACCAGACGCUUGAUCAGUAAAGUAUUUACGGCACAGUGACCCCAGAUUUUUCGCCGGGUGCUUGACUAGUAAACAGAGCGCCUGAAUCAUUAUGAUGGUAAACAAACUGUGGAAAAUAUCUUUUAUUCUAAAUUGUGUCCUAUCGUCAAUCAAAGAAGAUGUUGUAUUGAAAAAGAAUGAACAAACAAUCCAAUCAAGUAAUCAGGUAAACCACACAACCUAUAACCGUGAUAUAUUCUCUGAAGACAGAUAUCCUCAAAAAUGCAAAUCGAACCAAUUUACUUUUGCAAAAGAAAUACAGAUCAGUCCUCUGGAGUCAAUUUUCUACCACACUAGAGACCGUAGGAGCCGUCUGGCUCAAGCUUUACAACCACAAAAAUGCCAUAGACUUCUACUAAUAAUUCUAGCCGGUGAUAUCGCAACCAACCCAGGACCUACAAAAUUUCCAUGCGGUGUCUGUACUAAACCAGUGGCUAAAAACCAUCGAGCCUUGCAAUGUGAAUCGUGUGAAUUCUGGAUUCAUAUAAAAUGUGGGAAUGUGACACCAGCAGAGUACAUACUGCUUGGCAACCUAGACGACCCAUGGCUAUGUAAAACAUGUAAUGAUGUAUCAAUAAACCAGAAAUGUACACUUUCAGCUUAUAAACAAGAUACAAAUUGUAUAAAUGGAUUUACUGAACCAAAUAUAAGUGAGCAGGACACAAACAUCGAACCUACAUUGAACCUUGAACAACCUAUAAAUCAUGAAACAAUUUCUACCUGUUUUAAUAUGAAUAACAUUAAUGACAGUCUUAUAUUCCAGCAAGGAGAUCUCAGCUUUAACUCAACUAUUUCUUAUGUCUCUGAACAAAACCCCACUGAAGAACAUAAUAACCACUCGUUCCAAGAUGACAUAAAUACCUCAACAAACACAGAUGUAGAUCACUUGAAUGAACUCAAAAACCUCAGAAAAGCGAAUUUAAAAAGACCUCUUAUUUCACAUCUAAAUAUUAAUAGUGUGAAGAACAAAUUUACAGAAAUUCACGAUAUUUUAUCAGAAAAGCUUGUUGAUAUGUUAAUACUAUCAGAAACCAAACUUGAUAACUCAUACAAUAAUAAUAUUUAUAAUUUUCCAGGUUAUAAGAUGGAGAGAAAAGAUAGAAACAAACAUGGUGGUGGGAUUUUGAUAUAUGUAAGAGAUGACCUACCUUUUAGAAGGAGGAAAGAAUUUGAAUAAAUAACAACACACUUGAAGUUCCUAGAGUAAAUACAGAGACUUAUGGUAAGAAAAGCUUUCGCUAUGAGGCCACCCAGGUCUGGAAUAGCCUCCCGAAUGAACUAAGAACAGAAACUGAUUACGGUGAAUUUCGGAGGCUUAUCCAAACCUGGAGUGGCUUCAAAUGCAAAUGUUCUAUGUGUGCCUAAGUGUUAUGUUUUUUGUUGAGUUUUGAAAUGUGAAUCAAAUGAAUCUGCAUGCUUCUUUUGUUUCUUCUUUUGUUUUUCCUGUAUUUCUGUCUGCCAUAGAGCAAUGCUGUAUAAGACCUGUUUUAUCAUGUAAUGCUUUUCAUGUGCUUCUUGUGUGUAUAUUUGUAUAGUCAUUUGUCAGUGCAUGUUAGUGUUUGUAUAUGUGACAGCUGCUGAUCAGCUUUUCAUAUAUCCCAUAAAGGGGACAAUAGCUUCUUUAAGUCUAUUUUUACCUUUUUAUUUCUACUUUUAUUUUAUUUUUGUUCUAAUUAAUUAAGUAAUUAACUUAGACCAUGAAUUUAUCUAGGCCAACUCAGAUCAGCAUCUGUUACACAAACAUUUCAACAUUUUAAGUUUUAUUAUUAUGAUACUUGUACAUGUUCUAGUUACACCCAUAGUUUCAUGACUGAGUACAUAUCAGAUGCUGCUACUGAUAUGUGCUCAAGCAUCAUACUUGAAAUUAGGUUAACUAUAUUUAAAUAAAAUAAAAUUGAAUCAUUUACUUUAAUUUAUUUUAAAAAUUUAAAUUUUUAAAAAAUUCUAAUCCUUUUUCUGAUUUUAGGGUUGUGUACAUAAAUAGAACUCUUGUAUGAUGUAAUUUUAUGUGAUGUUUGAUUGUAAUGUAUAUUUGCUUUU